AUUCCUUCGUUCUCUCUAUAGUCUUCGCUCAGGCUUUAGUAUCAGGGUCACUUGGUUUUCCGUAGCAAAAAAUAUACAUUGAAAAAUAAAUACAAAAAAAAAAACAAUUACACAAAAAUAAAAAACAUGGUUGAAGAUACGGCAACAGCAUCGUUAUCAACACCAGAACCAGUUGUCAGUCUUCCACCGAUAACACCACCAAUCACCAAGAAGACUGAUGCAGUGAUUCAUCCUUCUCAUCAUCAUCAUCCAACAAUUGAAUACAUGGUCAACUAUGCCAUUAUGGCAACACAGGCCGACAAUCAUCAUGGAUCUUCACUCCAGGCUAUCAAAAAAUACAUAGCCAACGCCUACAAUUUUGAUGCCAACACCAAGCAUGGAUUGUACAUCAAAAAAUACUUGAAACAAGCUGUCAGCAAUGGUGACUUGAUUCAGACAAAAGGACAUGGUGCCAUGGGAUCAUUCAAGCUUGCUAAAAGAUCAAAAAUAACUGGAAAAAUAUUGGCAUCAAAGACACCAUCACAUAAAAAGCCAGAUGAAAAAAAAAAGACAACAUCAAAAAUUAUUUCAAAAGAAAAAACAUUGGCUACAAAACAACAACAACGUGUUUGUAAGAUGUUACCAAAACCCAGAAAAACAGUGGCUUCCAAAGGACAUGCACUUCGUAAUUAAAUUCAAUAAAUUUUAAUUUAUUGAUAAAAAAAAAAAAUCAAAAUCAAAAACCAA